AUGGAACCUGUAUCCCUGGAAGCCAUAUGGAUGCGUCGCCCUCUGUUGUGGCCUGUGACGGCUGUAGCAGGACGAAGCACAGACCUCCCUUGUUAUCUGAAUCCACGGACGCCUGGAGACAGACCCAAGCUAAUUCUGUGGUACAAGAGGGGCGUCCGGACCCCGGUCUAUAGCUAUGACGACAGGACGGCCCAACAGCACCUCGGGAUUCGUGAAGAGGCCGUCACUCUCACGAGCAGGGGAGCCGCUACCAUCACCAUCAAGAGAGUGCAAGCAGACAGUGCAGGAUUGUACGAGUGCAGAGUGGAUUUCUUCAGGUCGCCCACUCAUAACAGCUUCGUUAAUCUUACUGUGAUUGAACCUCCGAGAAACGUCGAGAUUGCCGACAGUCAGAGUGGAACCUCAGAUGACGGGAUUGUGGGUCCUUACUAUGAGAACCAAGAAGUCAUCCUGAAUUGCUUCUCGAGGAGUGGAACCCCCUUGCCCAACGUGACCUGGUGGCGGGGCGAGCGAGUGCUGGACGGCGGCUGGGAGGUGGCCGGACCGGGACUCGUACGGAACACCCUCGUUAUAGACCGUAUCACGAGAGAUUGGCACAACAGCACCCUCACCUGCACCGCGUCCAAUACCCACCUGGCCAGUCCAGCUGUUGCGUCCGUGGUGGUGCAUAUGUUCUUGUUGCCAACGAGCGUCAUCAUAACUAACCCGGGGCCCACCAGAGAAGGUCAGCGAACAGCUCUGACCUGCUCGGCGCGGGGGUCACGACCUCUGGCAGACCUCAGCUGGAGCGUGCGAGGGAGGACGCUGGACGCUGUGAAGGUGGGCGACGACCUGGGCCUCACCUCAACGUCGACGCUGCUCCUCAACGUGACCCGAGAGGAGGACGGCACGAGGGUCGUCUGCACGGCCACCAACCCUGCCCAGCCUGAUACGCCGCUCUCGAAUACCACCACGCUCGUUGUUCACUCUCUCCUCACAUGCCACCUUCGUCUUCAUGACACAAUCAUUCUCUUGAACUCGUCCCAAUGA